CUCCCAACUCAUCUCUGUUAAUAAUAAAUCCGAAUAAGCUCGAGUAAACCAGUGGGGAAAGGCCUGCAAAGGUUCGGCACGCGAGUGCGGGGGGUAUGAGGAAGAGAUUCUCUUCGGCGUUUACUCGCGCACUUUUCCCGAGACUUUUCUCUGGCAGACUUCAUCCCGAGUUCCGUUUGUAGUAAGCAGUCUCGAAAUUGCUGGAAAGGAGAAGCGAAAGCGUUGGAGUCGCUUCGCAAUCGGAGUACCGUUUGAUGUGAAGAAUGGCUCACGAUCGCUGAUGUUUUGAUUCGUGAUGUCUGGGGACAAAUAAUUAAGACAGCUGCCCAUGUUCCGCUAAUGUUCGCCAGUUGGCCUUGGCACUAAUGGUACGAUUAGCCUUGGUUUCGUACUCUUUUAAAUGAAGACAGUUCCAUGCAUUUCUCAAGAUCCAGAGUCCAGGGCGCACCUUUCACGUAUGAUCUUACCAAUGUCAGCUGCUCCUCGCAAUAGGAAGCCUGUAGCAAGUGUUGAUGCGUGUCCUUAUAUUUAUGGAGUACAGGGGAAGUUAACAAGUGCAGAUAAUGCACUUUGUGUUAAGAAACGGCAGAGAGGCGUAUGAACUGUAAUGGGGUGGAAGGUCACCGUGACGCUAUGGGUCGUUACAUGGAGUUGCCUGACACGGAGCUUUUGGUUUGCCGUUCAGGCACCUCCAAAGCAAGUUCCUUGUGACAAAACGAGAAAGGUCUUUACCGAUUCAUGGGGCAUCAUCAGUGAUGGCCCUAUGGGUUCUAAUUAUACCCAGGAUUCUCAUUGCGAAUGGCUAAUUAAAGGAAAUGACAGUCGUCAGUACAUUACAUUAAGUUUCCGUACAAUGGGCACUGAAUGUAGUUAUGACUAUGUAUUUGUUUACGAUGGAGAUUCUUUUCGAUCUCCUUUAUUAGGCAGUUUUAGUGGAAAAACAGAACCACAGCAAGUAAUAUCGUCAUCUGGUCAUAUGUUAAUAUUAUUGUACAGUGAUACAAAUUAUGUAUUGGACGGAUUCCAUGCUGAAUUUUCAGUCACGGAUUGCCCAAAUAAUUGUACGAACCAUGGGAAAUGCAUAAAUAAUAUUUGUUUCUGUGAAAAUGACUGGGGUGGAAAAGAUUGUUCUAGAGCUUUGUGCCCAAACAAUUGCAAUAACAAAGGCAUUUGUGGUUUGAAUCGUUGUGAAUGUGAUCCUGGAUAUUCUGGGCAGUCUUGUUCCUUGCAUAAGACAGAUCCAGAAGGAAAUAGAUGGCAUUGGUUAUCUCACUCAGAAAGUGGAAUGACUCCUCGAGCGGCUCACACAGCAGUGUAUAUAAAUGAAACGGACUCUCUUUAUGUUUUUGGUGGUUACGAUCUAAAUUACAUUCUUAGUGAUUUAGAGGUUUACCGAUUUGGAACGAGUCUCUGGGAAGAUGAGGAAGGAGCAGUGUUGGAAGAUAAAUCAUCCGUUGAUUCUUUGGAUCCGACCUUGAUAUCCAGUGAAUUAAAACGUGUAGGGCCUGAAGUAGAAGCACAAUACGGUUUGCGAAAAUCGUCAUUUAUUUGGAGACUAUUAUUCAAUAUAAAAGAUAACGGCACAUUUGCUCUGAGAGACAGAGCCACUGUUGAUGCUGGCCAACACGGUUGGCGAGAACUUAGGAACACUCCGGAACACAAGGAAAGAGAACGUAAAGCUCAAGAAGCGCGUGAAAAUGAAAUGAGAAAAAAUUCACAGCAAGUCGAUAGAAACGAAACCCAAAGGAGGAAAAAUUCACGUCGUGUCAAGCCACGAUAUUUUCAAUCAGCGGUGCAGAGGCACCGGAGAAAUUCGGAGAGUGAACCUGAACAUCAGCAUCGUCAUGCAUCAAAUAUUGAAGACGAUGGGGUAAAAUGGGAAAAUGGAUCCUUGGACCUUCAAGGUGAAAAUGUUUUCUUACAAAAAAUUCUAGAUCCCAAAAUAACAACAGAGUCAGCAGCUAAGGAUGAAACAACACCAAAUUAUGAAGAACUUCCUAAACCCAGCCCGAGAUACGGUCACGCUGCAUGUAAAUACAAAGGUGGUUUUGUGGUAUACGGAGGAAAAGUAGAAGAUGGUUCCCUCUCCAAUGAACUGUGGCAUUAUAGUGUUGAUAAUGGCGUUUGGACACUUCGUGCUAAAAACUCUCCAUUUUAUCCGCCAAGGCUUACAAGACACACGCUCACUUUGGCACGUGAUUCUAUUUAUCUAUUUGGAGGAAGCACGGUGGAUGGAGAAUUCUCCUCGAGCCUCUAUACAAUAAAACUUAAUCUUUCUGAUCCAACAGCAAGCACAGAACGGUGGAAAGAAGUCAGACCUCGUGGUGGAAAAGAAUUAGAUGUUCGGGUUGUGGCUCACUCAACUGUGUAUCAUCACGCCACAAAUUCACUACUCGUCUAUGGUGGUGUAGUAGCGAGCGUUGCAAGGUUCAGCAAAUUAUCCGACAGAAUGUUUGUAUUUCAAUUGGAUCGAAAGGUCUGGUCUGAGAUACAUUAUCCCAGAGCGCCUUUAAGAGAUACAUACGUGCCAAAGGAACGAGCAUUUCAUACUGCUAAUAUUAUAGGUAAUUAUUUAGUAGUGUUUGGAGGUUAUUCGCAUAGGCAUAACAAAGAAGAAAUUUGUUACGACAACCAGAUGUACCUUUAUCAUCUUGGCUGUCACGCAUGGGUUAGUCACGAUGUGUUGGGAUUGAAUGUAAAAGGAUCACGUUAUCCCAAGCAGCAAGGAGUAUUUGCUCAUGCUGCAGAUGUUCGAAAUGGGAAUACUUUACUUUUGGUUGGAGGUUAUCACGGGAACGUGAAUGCUGAUUUCCUUGCGUACACAUUGCCACCGAUGCUUGCUCCAGGUGACAAUGACAGUGUGGAACCGGAACAAAUUUGUUCAAGGUAUACAAGUCUGAUGGAGUGUGCAGCUAACCCGGAGUGUGGUUGGUGUUCGGCAGGCGAGAUCUGUUAUGGUCGUACUGUGGGCAGCAACUGUACGACAAAUCUUCAAACAACGAGGUGUCCUGGUGUAUGCCCAGCAUUAGGCGAUUGCCAUUCUUGCUUGAUUCAUGGACAGCCUGGCGGUGGCUGGGGCACCAAUGCACGAGGCAAAAGUUCCGUUUCGAAUAAACUUAAUCUUGGCACUUGCACUUGGUGCGUCCAAAAUGCACGUUGUCAUCACAAGGAUGACAAUUAUGGGGUCUGCGGACUGAGGGAUGACACUCCAUCACAGAUCCCUGGGUGGUGGGGUCCAAAAGGUACUGAAAUUGCUAAAGUUGAAGAGUGUCGUGAAAUGGACAAGAGACCAGGAUUGACGUUUUUGAAGUACAAGCCACCAGUAAACUUCAGUCAGCCCGAUUCUGUAACCAUUGUUAAUGCAACAACAGUGGACUUCAAUGUGCCAUCGAUGCAGGGAGCGAAAACUGAGGUUGCGUUGGGUGGUGAGAUGAUUGCAAGACUCAUUGGGUUCCUCAGGCCACCUCAGAAUUUUUGGGAUAGCACAGUAGAACAUUUAAGAAUUUGCGUCAGCUAUAACAGUGCUACCUUACAUGUAUCACGCAGCGAUGACCACCAAGAACUGGAACUGGUUGCAAAUCUAACUGCCUCAACGUCGCAGUGCACUCAGACCAUGUGGCCCGAUGGGUACGAAAUGAGACUUUUACCAGGACGCUAUCUUUUGGAUUUCGAGUCAAAGAGAAUGGUUACAACGAGUGAUGCUUAUGCUAGUAAAAUGGAAAUAAAUCAUAAUAGAAAUAUGGAGAAUCCUAAAGUAUUUACGUUCGAAUACUUAGAGCCCUAUCAAAAUGGAUCAUGCCAUCAAUACAAAAACUGCUUACAUUGUCUAACGGACUCUUCUUGUGGUUGGUGUGAUAUCAAUAAUAAGUGUUUGUCGCGCAACGUUAACGAGACGGAGUACUGUUCUGCUGAUGUGGAAUGGGACGAAAGCGGUGAUCCUGUUAGAGAGUGGCAUUAUCUAACGAUCACUCCAUCAACCUGUGCUAACUGUUCCAAUUACAUCUCAUGUGAAUCGUGUGUGGGUAGUAACUUGUGCGAAUGGUGGACAGAGGAUGCAAGAUGUGCAAGACUGGGCAGGUUACCUUAUGCCGUGGUGAGUCUUGAUCAGUGUCCAAUACCUUGCAGACAGCGUUCAAACUGUACGCAAUGCCUCGAUGAACGUGGAAGAUGCGUAUGGUGUGAAGCAACGCAGGAAUGCUUUUCCUUUUCUGUGUACACUUCCGAAUACCAGUUUGGUCUGUGUCGAGAGUGGAUGGAUCAAGCUGGCCUCAUGGGUGUUAUUUCCAGAACGAGCUCUUCGUUAACUAUGACCGGGACUGAUCAGUGCAAGAGCUGUAGUCGACACGCUAAUUGUUCCAGUUGCCUACACUCUCUGAGUUGCGGGUGGUGCUACAGCCUAGAGAAUCCCAUCAUAGGUGCUUGCGUUCAGGGUGACUUUAACCGACCACAUAUUAAUUGCAGUCUCGUUAUUAAUGAAUAUCAGAAUUACACUCUAGCAGUAAAUGAAUCUGGCUGGGCUUACGCUCAAUGCCCAGAUGUAGACGAGUGUGACUUGGGUCUACAUGAUUGUCAUCCAAAUGCAGUGUGUACCAACACUCACGGUAGUUUCAGUUGUCAGUGUAAACGUGGGUUCCAUGGUGACGGUAAAGAGUACUGCAUUAAGACUUGUUACGAGGAGUGUGUUAACGGUUAUUGCAGCGAAGCUCCGGAUUAUAAAUGCAAAUGUUUCCUCGGCUGGACUGGGCCGGACUGUAGAACGAAUUGCGGCUGCUAUAAUCAUUCUACUUGUACUCAAGGACCUGGUGUUUGUGACAAGUGUGAAAACUGGACGACUGGCAAAUACUGUGAAGAAUGCAAGGCAGGUAGCUAUGGCAAUGCUACGACAAGUUUAGGUUGUCAGAAAUGUAAUUGCAACGAACACGGAGACAAGGAGAUAGAUGUGUGCGAUCGACAAACUGGAAUUUGUUUCUGCCGCGAUAAUACCGAGGGUGAUAGAUGCGAGAUCUGUCAGAAAGGUUACUAUGGUGAUCCUCGUGAUGGUGGGAUGUGUUAUUAUGGGUGUAUGUCCAGGGGAAUGCUUGGAGGUGAAGGUAAUAGCAGACAGGGACUCGGUAGUCGUCACUCGCAACUUCCAUUGUGGGAAACUCAUUUCGGUGGAUCACCCACCAGAGAGUGCUUGUGGAUCGUUAGUCCAAAGACAAGUCUAUCUCCCGAUGCAAUGACAUCGAGUAUACAGAGUGUUAUUCAGUUCACCAUACAUGAUGACAUCAACAUCACCUGUCAAGAAAACAGCGUUUACGUUUAUGACGGAUUACCUGAUUUUGUGUCCUCCACGAGUCAUCAAAGUCAACUGUUAGGUGUCUAUUGCACGGAGAGUACUGAUUAUCCAGUUACCGUGGAAGCUAAAUCUGGAUUUUUGACAGUUCACUAUAAACAGCUUGACGAGGUCGAAGGAUUUAAUGCAAGCUAUAUCGUGAUGACAUGUAACAAUUGCCCUGUGAAUCGUGAGUGUAGGAAUGGUAAUUGUCUCUGCAAGCCUGGCUUUGUUGGAAUCAAUUGUGACGUCGAACUCUGCCCAAAUAAUUGCACUUCCUUGAAAAAACAGGGUGUCUGCGACAAGGGUUAUGGACACUGUGUUUGUGCUCCAGGGUAUGGGGGACGUGAUUGUUCCAUCAAGAUCAAGGGUAACCAGUUGGUCUUUACCGAACUUUUUAACUCUGAAUACUUAGCCGAUCAUCUGGACCAUCUAAGAAAGACUCUUCCACGAUUCGGUCACAGUUUGGUCGCAGAUAGGAGAGGUAGUCUUUGGAUGUUUGGAGGGUAUUCCUUAAGCCAUGGUCCCCUUAAUGACAUUAGAUUGUUCGAUACGAAGAAUAAUACCUGGAUGCCUGUAACCGUAGAGUCCACAUCAGAGGCUUCGAUGCCCCAGGGUCGAUAUUUCCAUGCAGCUGAGAUCGUUCACAGCAGACAACAGAUCUACGUUUAUGGAGGACUUUCCAUGAAAGAAGAGGGCGUCCAAGGGCUGUCAAAUAAUACAUUAAGUGACUUUUGGAAAUUCAGCCUUCAGAAUCAGAGGUGGAGUCAAGUGACGCAAGAUUCUUUCAAGAAGGAACCUCCUCCACUGGCUGGUCACACUUUGACGUUGCGUAGGGAUGGUGAAUUCGAGAGUUUAAUCUUGAUCGGUGGCUUCAGCCCUAAAUUCGGGUAUCUUGACACAGUGUGGGAGUUUAAUCUCGAAACAGAUAUGUGGGAUACCAUUACUACAAUGGGAAAUGGCCCUCUUGGAGUUUAUGGCCACUCUACGGUGUACCAUGUUAGAUCCGAUAGUCUUUACGUAUUCGGUGGAUAUUCUUACGCCAUUAACAGAACCUUUAUCUCCAAUAAACUCUAUGCUUUGAAUUAUAAAACUCGCACUUGGUCGGUGUUACCUCCCUUCAAGGACGACUUCAACGAUGGCAGUGGAUUGCCACAAGCAAGGUUCUUGCAUUCUGCUGUGACGAUGGAUGAAUAUAUGGUUAUCUUUGGUGGACGGCAGAGUCCACACAAUACAUCGGAUUCUUUGAUAGCUUACAAAUAUUCUUGCAAUCUAUGGAUUCGUCUAAUUACCAAGGAUAUGGAGAUCAUCGGUAGUCCACCACCGCCAGCUUAUGCCCAUGCUAUGACCCAUGCAGAACCAGAAACUAAUGCUGUUUAUGUCGUUGGUGGAUUUGAUGGCGGUAUUAAAAGUCACGUCACUCUCAUCAACAUCCCUGAGGAUCUCUGUAAUCUGUGGACCGAUAAGUCAACCUGUAGAAAAUACAUCGGCUGUUCCUUCUGUGCAGUCACCACCGUAGCUGGUACCAAUGCUUCUUAUUGUUUUUCAAACGAAAAAUUGACAAACAGAGAUGACAAAUGUGAUAUUAAUGUCACACAAGUUCAGCGAUCCAAUGGUGUUUUCUGUAACUCUACCUGGCUAGCAAGUAGGAACUGUCAGAGUUUUAAUAGCUGCACCGAAUGUCUAGCACAGUGGCCAUAUUACGAAGACGACAGUCUUGUGUGUAAAUGGUGCGCAAAUUGUCCUCGCGGUAAAUGUAUUCCUCUGGAUCAAGAUUGUAACGAGCAGGAUAAAUGCAAUGUUAGGCAGAUGUCGAUUACCGAUGUCAAUCGAUGUGACGAAAGACAAUGUCCAGCGAGUGACUGCGAGAAGUGCAAAAAUGUAGGGAACUGUGUAUGGACUAGACAAGUUUCGAAGACAUCUGACUCAGGAGUGAACAUAACGGAAGGAUCUGUCCACGACUGGACUUGCGUCCCAGCAGAUAUUAUUGACAGAUCAAGCAUUAAACUGAGCAAUGCACAAUGUGAAAAAAGAUGUAGCGACCACAAAGACUGCACAAGUUGCUUGGAAGGUACUGGUGCCGAAGGAGGCUGGCAAGAAUGCAGAUGGUCUACGCAGCUGCAUGAAUGUAUUUCCCCUUCGUACCAACCACUUUACUGCGCCGGUGGAGUUUGCGGGCUGGUGUUGAGAAGUUCUGAUAUCGAACACUGUCCAGAACCCUGUUCCGUCUUUAAACAGUGCAGUACAUGCUUGAAGCACUCUCAUUGUGGAUGGUGUUCUUUGGAUUCAGCCAAUAUCACUGGACAAGGUAUCUGUACCGAAGGUUCUCUGGAAGCUCCAACGGAUCAUCCAGCUGGUGGGACCUGCGAGAUGUUGUAUCAUCAACACUAUCCUCAAACGGAAUCACCCGUCGUGUCUCUUACCGCUAGUCUGGUGGACUCGGUGGAGCUCCAAGAAAACUUAACAACUUCGGUGACAGCUGUCGUGCAGCCUGCAUUUUCCUGGCAUUACGUGCGCUGUCCUCCUGAAAACGAAUGUUUGAAUGGCCAUCACACUUGUUCCCCGAAAAGUGAAGAAUGUUCUGACCUUGAGGAAGGCUUCGAAUGCAAGUGUGGCCGUGGAUAUAACAAAACUGACACAAACGUUUGUGUACCUAUGUGCACCCAAGGAUGCAUUCGAGGUACGUGCAUUGAACCAGACGUCUGUCGUUGCGAUUUCGGGUACGUCGGUGCCAAUUGUUCAAUCCAAUGUCAAUGCAACGGGCACAGUAAUUGCAAGGGACCGGAUAAACUUGAUCAUUGCUUGAAAUGUCAUAACAAUACAAUGGGACCUCAGUGUGACAAGUGUCUGCCUUUGUACGUCGGCAAUCCGAUUAACAACGGCCAAUGCGUGCCUUGUUUGGAAUACUGCAAUGGGCAUACGCGAAUUUGUAUUAACGAAAGUAUGACUGUACCGGAUCCUAAUUCCAUCGAUAAGAUGGACAUUAAAUUACUGAAGGAACAAUUAGUCGAGGGGCCCGUGGACAAAGCGAAAUGUAUCAAUUGUGGCAACAAUACAAAAGGCGAUAAAUGUGGUGAAUGUAUGACCGGAUACUUUCGAGGUACUGAAGACCUUAGAGACAUAUGUCGGCCUUGCGUAUGUCAUGGUCAUGGAUACACCUGCGAUCCUGUGACUGGGGAGAAGUGCAAUUGCGGUAAUAACACGGAAAGCGAACCAUCCUGUACGAGUGGCCCUACUAAAGGAACCAGCACUGCAGGAAUUCCCUGUUGGAUGGUGCAGUGCAGCAGGUGCAGGGAAAAUUAUGCUGGAACACCUACGAUGGGCCAUCAGUGCUACAAAACGGUGACCGUCGACAACAAAAUGUGUUUCGAUUCGAAGUUAAUAGACGAGUGCAAGAUGAAACCGAAACCCUUGAACCCUGGGCAGACAGUCUUCUACAUGGUGCAACCGCGUUUCAUGAACGUCGAUAUCAGAGUUAUGGUCGACGUGACGCAAGGAGCUUUAGACCUUUUCCUGAGUCCCCGGGACGACUCCUUCGUCGUUAAUUUGAACUCAACGACGGGUUAUCAGGAGGUCGAGCUAGAUUAUCGGUUUCGAUGGCGAAAGGACACGCAGGACAGUUGGCUGGACAAUCAGUCCCGAGAGAAGAUUCGGGUGGUCGAGUUCCACCAGAACGGUUCCGAACCGAGCUGGAACACAGGGCCACACUAUAUUGUCGUGGAGCGCUACGCCGAGGGGCUGGUGACCUUCGUAACGGUGGACCAGAGGAACACCUUUCUCGUGGUCAGGAACCUAACGAAUCGGCUCGUGCUGACCCUACCCCAGGACAAGCACGAGCUGGUGCAGACCAAGUUCCACAUAGCCUUAAGGGCCAUCGACACGCCGAAUCCCGAGAUCAACGGCAGGGCUGCCUACGGGAUGAUCUUCUUCAGGCAAGACCAGUUGCACAUCGACCUCUUCGUCUUCUUCUCGGUGUUCUUUUCCUGCUUCUUCCUCUUCCUGGCGGCCUGCGUCGUCGCCUGGAAGGCGAAGCAAGCGGCUGAUGUGAGGCGGGCACGCAGACGUCACGUCGUGGAGAUGCUACACAUGGCCAAGAGGCCCUUCGCCUCGGCCACGAUUCUCUACGACCGGGAUGGCAACAACUGCAGCCCGAACUCACCCCAGCGAAAGGGCAGAAGAAGCAAACUGGCUAAUUUUCACAGCGACGUCCGCCCGGUCGCCGUCGAGCCGACCGACGACGAUGUCGCCGCGGUCGCCACCGUCUUCGUCAGACUCCCCGGAGGGCAGCAGGCUCCUGUCAAGCUGGCCCUUGGCAGUUCCCUCAUCCUCUUGACUAGGGUUUAUCCUGUCAAUAGCAGAGUUUUUCUCAGACGUAGGAACAGUCACGCUCCGAUCUGAUCUUUACUGUAUGGGCAGAGUUGCUUGCUCCGGUUGGACGGUCAACGCGUGUAGACAGAUGACGACUAAUCGCACCGCGGUUGACUGGUCGGAUCGUAAUUUCGCUGAUGCUUGGCGAGAUCAUUUAUUAGAGUUUAGUGACGAGUCGGAUAAUUUAUGAACUCGAGCUGUUUAAAUUCCAAAAUAUUUAACAAGUUUAGACGAGUCGAUAACUCGGCGAAGGAAAGAGAAUCGCGUUCGCAUAUAUUGGAUUGAUGCAUAAGUAAUGGCGUUUUUAACACGUGACGUAACAUGUUAAAAAAAUGCCAUUACUUAUGCAUCAACCCAAUACUUGAUGAGGCGAAUCAGGAUUACGGAGCGCUUGCGAGGAUCAUAAGUCAAAUAUCGACAGCUCGAGUUGAUGAAUAACUUUUGGUAACUCGGUUUUGUUUCCACAUUCGUAACUCGGUCUCACUCUAACACUUGUAGUUUAUAUUUAUCAGUACCGAUAAUCAACGUUUAACGAGUUGAAAUAUCUGACUCGUCCCGUUCUUAUCGGUGUCACGUUAUUGACAGAUUGAAAUAGCGAUUGAUUGAAAAGAUAUUUAUAAAUGUUCCGGAUUGAACAUUUUCGUUUGUUCUCGGACGACGUCAGCUGGUUACCCGACAAUUCUGUUACGCUUCAGGGGAUUAAGUUAAGCAUGAAUUUGUCGAACAAUGGUUACCGUUUCAUUAUUAGAAACCGGGAGAUGAUCGAUACAUAUCUAAGUCAAAACGUCAAAGCCUCAGUGAAAUUACGGAUUAUUUUAAACUCCGGUUAUAAUCAAGUGACAUUCGUCUCAUCUCUGUUUCGAAGUGAUGCUCGGACUUCUACGGCCCUUUUUAAAUAUUCAGGAUUUCGCGUUCGAGCGUUAAUAUUCUCCACUUUUGCUUUAAUAGCGGCAAAAUCGGUAAUGGCAGAAAAUGCAUCUUGUAUUUACGGGUAUCCCGUGGUUUCUUUUUCUUUCUUUUUUAAUCCGUCAUUUUUACGAGAUAUUGGGCGAGGAAGUUGGGUCGAAACGCCGCCAAUCUCUUUUUAAAUUUCGUCGAAAAAUAUUUAACGCUUUUGCCGUUUGGAAUCACUAAUGAAGAACCGUCUUUUAGUAUUGCCGUAAAUUAAUUACUCGUUUCGACAGGGAUGUGAGAAAAAUGAUGUGGAAAAAGUGAACGUCGUCGGACUUCGCAUGAGGACUUGCGAAAUAAUUUCGCGCGUUCGUCGCAUGUAUCAUAGCUCGAAAUCGGCGAAGCGAUCGUAAGAUUGUUUUAGAAUAGAUACAUAGUUAUAAUAUAUUGCCACAUCAUUCCGCGAUGAGACUGUAAGUUUUUUGUAUAUAGCAAUUUGUAUAUGAUAUCGUGUCGGUCGAUGCGUUAACGCGCGAUUGCGUAGAAGAGUUUUACAUGACCAAUAAUGGGUUCUCGUAGCUACUCGAUAGCAUGUUCGUUAUGAAACAUUUUUCGAGUCCCCCUUUCUGUUCUUGUAUUCGCGAUUUUUUUUUUCUCUUGUAAUUAUCUCGCUUACGCAGCCCCGUUUUAGGAUCGAAUUUACGACGCACCCAUCAGAUUUUUAAUCGAUUUAAAUGGAUGACGUUCCUGACUCUGAUUAGUCGAAGAAUCAUUCACUCUCUGUUGAGUUUUUAUUAGAGAAUUUUCUCGCGGAAUUUUUAGCGCUCCUUUGAGAGAAACCGAGGCGAUUUAACUAUCGGAGGAUACUUGCAAAGCUUUGUUAAUUGUGUACCUUGGAGUUCUGGAGUUUUGUACAAUUAUCUUGAUUAAUUAUUCGCGAUGUGUUACCGCCUCGUCAUCCAAAUGUCACUUGAUAAUUAGUAAGAAAUUAUUGUUUUUAGAUUGAUUCUCACGGUCUACGAUCUCGAGCCUGGUUUGACAUUGCGAGAUUACUUUCAAAUAUUUGGAUAUUCAAUGAGGAUUAAUAGUGUGUAUUUCGCAGUGACUGAUGCUAUCGAUUAACCGAUUAACAAUAACAAACUGGCCAUAUUGCUUCCUAGUUAGAAAUUUCCUACUUCAAGAUAUAUAUAGCGAAUAAUCGGAACUUUGACAGAAGACAUUAAGCGUAAAUUGUUUGUUAAAAUUAAAUUAAUAGUUUCAUUCAUUAAUUCUCUCUUAAUGCAUGAAUAACAAAUGGCAACGGUAAAUGCUAAUUAACAUUGAGCGAAUAUUUUCUCAAGUAAUGUCAAACUCGUUCUCAAGUGGACUCCCUGCAGUACUGGGCAAAAUACUACUAUUUGCAAUAGACAAUAGGCUACAUCUCGCGACCAUUGUUCAAUUUAUUCCGUAGAAUCGAUAUUUCAAGGAUAUCCACAUCACGCAGUAAACAUUAAAGUAACUAAAAGGAAAUCGAUAUCUCAUAAACGGCAUUGCAGAGGAUUUAUUUCGAAUCACUUUUAGGGUGCUUCGAAGUACUCGAGAGUAGCAAGCUAGAUAUGUCAUUUCAAGUUAUUUUUUAGGAAUUCGUAGAGAGAUCAGUUAGUUGUUUCAAUGUUUCCUACGUGAGACGACGGAUGUAAAAUACAUGUCUUGGUGGUUAUAGGUGUUCGAAUUACUACUUGAAAAAUAGUUCGAUUAGAAGCAAUGCCCAGCACUGGCGCACCGUUCCUCUCGGAUCUGGAUAUACAGGGUGUCAUUAAUUGUACGUAAAACCGUCCAGGGACGGUGUGCAUCGGAAGAGGAACGACGUGCGUCUCCUCGCACAAUAUAAAACCGAACAGUAUUAGGCAGAGAGGUGUAAGGGGACUUUGAAACGUUUCAUACUUUUACAAAAUGUUCCUAAGCCCGCCAGCGCUCGCAAGCGAACAUUUACUACGUAUAGAAAUCAUCUAAAUGUACGAUAAGAUCAGUGAAAAAAUCAUGUACGCGCCAACAUGGUCGUUGAAACAUCCAAGGGGACGAUAACCUUAAAAUGAAUAACGAUAAUCGCUUAAAAAUUGUAUACUUUAAGUUUUACACUUUUCCAUAAGCACUUACUACUCAAUCCGAGCAUGACAAUUCCGAGUUUAAGAGUAUAUAUUUGCGGGAUUAUUUAUUGAACGUAUUGUAUUCGUAAUUUUAGUGUAGUGGAAUAUUAAGGCCGAAACUGGGUUUGAAUCUAAAAUAUAUUUAUUAUAUUUCGAGGGGGAGAGAAAAAUCGUUGGUGUUAGGAACACCUGAGACUAAUCUUGAGGAGGAAUUAGUAAGAUUGUAAUUUUAGUAUUUCUUUAAUGGUCCUCGAGGGGUGUUUCAAUAGCUAUGUUGGGAACGAUUGUAUGCAACUGGCGACUGGUAUAUUAUGAUAUUAAUUACCUUCGAGAAACGUUGAGCGGGUUAUCUAAUCGGGCAGUGAAAUCAAUCGCUAGGUGUUAAUCAAAGCUUGUGCACUACAUUAUGUUGACAUAAUGAUGUAUAUCAAGUCGGUUUAUUUUUAAAGGUAGCGGAGAGAGACGGAGGAAUUUUCCUCGGCGAACCUAGAAAAUUAAUGUAAAUAGCGCAGCGCCUGUGCGAUACUGUUAAUUUAAUGGUAAGUGCGGUGCUAUCGGUCAUAGAUUCUCGAAUGUUCCAAUCGUCAAUUAAAGUUAUAUGAAAGGGUUAUUCUAUAUACGUCAAAAUAUUUAUAAAACUUCUCCAAACUGGAUGCACUGAAUUGGUGGGAACUUCAGCAUGUGAUUAUGGAAGCCCUAAAGAAGAAUGUAGUGCUUGUGAAGCUUCAUUUUUAAGAACAAAUUUUUUUUAUCUAACCCAGACUAGAACCAAGAAUUUAUUUUUUUUGUUGAUAAAUGAAAUAUCACGAGCACCACGUUCUUCUUUAGGGCCUUCAUAAUCACCUGCUGAAGUUUCAAAUGAUUCGGUGCACCCUGUUUCGAGAAAAGUUUUAUUAAUAUUUCUACUUUUCAUGUAUAUAAAAUGACCCUUUCAUAUCAGCUUAAAAGAUUGGUUCCCAAAGUGGCUACUUCUCGACACGCUAUGUAGAUUAUGAGAAUUCGUCUCUGUGUACCUCGUAAAGUUCUUCGGCGAGUUUCAUCGCAAGACUGCCCUAAGUCCACUCGAAGCUUCUUCACUAUCGGUGGCCUUCUUUCUCCUCAUUUGAAUUUCCCUUCUUUGCUCACCUGCAUGUUAUUCAGUUAUAUUUCCUCUCUCUACAUUUUAUUUAACUUGGCUAUAUCCGUUACAACCAUUCGACUCCCAAUUUGCAACCAUAAUAUAUAUUGCUCUUCGCUCUUCGUCUCAUCUUGUGUCGUCCAUCCUUUGAAUCUCAUCCACGCAGCAGUCAUACUGUCGUGUUUACACAUUAUUGUGUACGCAUAUAAAUAAAAAUAUAUAUUAUAUACAUAUGUAAUUUAACAGAUAUAUAUAUAUAUA